CUGUGACCGUAGGUGUUUUCCCUGGAGUGCCAGUUUUCUUCCAUGUCCCAAAGACGUGCUUGCAGGUCAUUUUGCCGACUGAAUUGCUCAUCUCACACCGCUUAAUUUCCUAUUACACUCCUACACUUGGGCAAUUUAGCUCAAGUGUAGGAGGGUAAUAGUAAAUCAGGCGGUGUGAGAUGGGCAAUUAAGUCGGGGAAUGGGACCAAAGGUAUGGGAGCUGGCGCAGAAUUGAUGGGCUGAAUGGCUUUCUUCUAUGUCUUAAAAAGAUAUGUAGCAUGAUAAUAUACUUACUGCAUUGCCUUUACUAUUCAUGUUAUAAUACAUACACAAUACAUACACAAAAUGUUUGCUGUAAUUUUGAUAAACUGGGUUUAUGUGUUAAUGCUGCUUGUUAAUUACAAUAUUCAUGGGUCUAGGUGCUUUUGAAAUCUGUACUGGGAGAUUAGAUGGUUUAUAGGUCUAACUCUGGUAUUAGAAAACUGAUUAGGUCCACAUGAUUGUCCGCCAUGUUGAAGAAUACAGCUGGGUUUGCUGUCACUUGAGUAUUGCUCAUGACAGUGAAGCUCCUCAUGGCAGAAUGAAGCACGACAGUUUAUUUUUAUUGCAAACUUGCAUGAAUGGAGAAUCAUGUGUGAAAUUUGUCUGACAGAGCAAGAUGAACCAGGCUUCUCUGGGUUACUCUUCUAUUGUUUAUCCUCACAACUCUGAACAGCCUCUGCCUUCAGUUUCCAAGGCCACUAACCUGACUGAGGUAACUCCAGCUAAGAAGAUAACUUUCUACAAGAGUGGUGAUCCACUGUUCACUGGUGUAAGAAUGGCCAUUAACAAAAGGACAUUCAAAACAUUUGACGCCCUCUUAGAUGAUCUCACCAAGAAGGUAUCACUUCCAUUUGGUGUGCGUAUAGUGACAACCCCUCAUGGCGUUCAUAACAUCAACACUUUGGAGCAAUUGGAAGAUGGAGGCAUGUAUCUCUGUUCGGAUAAAAAGCAUGUCAAACCAAUCAAUUUGAAUACAGUUGGAAGAAAGCUAACUGCACGGCAGGGCAAUAACACAACUAAUACCCAUCAAAAUAUUGCAAAGAGGGCAAGACAGGAAGAUGGACAAGUGCAUCGUGUUCAUGCAGCGCAUAAAAAAAUAACACUGAUUAAAAAUGGGAACGUUGGCAUCCAAUAUUCAAUUGUACUACACAAAGCAAAUAUACACAGCUUCAGAAGUUUUCUCGAAGAUAUCUCUGAACUCAUGCAGUAUAAUGUGACCAAACUUUACACAAUGGAUGGAAGAAGUAUUGGCACCUUGCAGGCUCUUCUUCAAAGCCCUAAUGUGCUGGUCUGCGUUGGAUCUGAAGGUUUCAAACCAAUUAUGAAUGAAGAUGUCAGAGGACCAUCUGAAAAGCUGCCAGGUGUGCCAAGGAGGACUCGGACCGAAAGCAAUAAUGAUUCAGCUGAUACCAAGAAAAACGAUAACUUUGGACUAGAAACUAAGAAAAGCAUAAUUCAUCCCAGAACAUCAUCUCGGUCAUCCAGAUUUUCAUUAUCAUCAGACAAGUUAUAUCCUAAUACCUUCAAUAUGUCCUCAAACAACAAUGGGCAAACUUCAUUUGUGGAUCACCCACGUGAGAAUAAUUCCGAACUUAUUGAUUCUAUGAAAGAUGACAAUAUUGAGAAAAGAGUUAAAGUGAACAAGGAUGGCAGCCUUUCCGUGGAAAUGAAGGUUCGAUUUCGUUUGCUUAAUCGUGAGACACUUCAAUGGUCCACACAGAUCAAGAGAUCCAGUUUGGCCGAGAAAUCCAUGAAUGAACGUUUGUGUUCAGUGGAAGACCUUGCCACGGAACAGGCUGAUCAAAGUAAUAGUUUUGAUGAAUCAUUUUAUCCAGCCAAUGGUGAUGACACCUGUGUUUCAAAACUCGAUGGAGCAGAAGCUGAAGAACUCUGCUGUGAGAACUGCUGCAAGUGUUGUCAAGGGUACGAUAUUUGGAAAAAUCCAUUGUAUGCUGAUAAUAUUACAGAAGUGAACUCCAGAAAUGGCAAAUACACUCGCUCUUCUCAUUCAAGCACAUUACCAUGCCGACGUGUAACGUACAAAAGCGAAUCUGUUGAAAGCAUGCAAACAGCAUCAAGUGAAGAAUAUACACAUUUUGUACAUCAGAUAAAAAGCCAUUCAGAGUCUGUGGAAAAUAGGGAUGAGGGAGCAGAAUAUUGUUCCCCGAGUCACUGUAGUAGCCAAAGUGGUGGCUAUACAUCUAGUUCUAAAAGUGUAGGAUAUCAUGAGAGUAAAACAUCUUUUUCUAGGAGUCAAAGUGCCAUUGCUUAUCAAUUUUCAUCACAUGGCUCUUCAAACAACAGUCAUCAAAACCUACAAGAUGGAAAUCUUUCCUGCGUUUCCAAAUGCAAUUCCAUCGGUUCCUCAAAGGGAAAGGUUGCAGUAAAAUUAACAGACAUGGCAGAAAAUGACAGGCUUGCUGCUUCGUACACCGGUUUUACAGAUUCAAAAGUUGAUUUAAAAGAUGCCAACAUUAAAGCAACUGAUGAUGAACAAGCAAGUAACAUUAUUGCAUCUCGUCAUUGUGCAAAAUGCAAGAAACAAAUUAAACUGGAGGAUGAUUCCAAAGCAAGAUCUCAAAAUGGUUCUGCAAAUGGGUCAAAAUGUUCAACUAAUGAUUGGAAAGAAUCAGCUGCAUUGAACCAAUUGCACUCAAGCAUUAAAUCAAACUCUCCUACCCAAAUUACUGGUAAAAUAAAUGACACAAGUGAUACUGGGGGUACUGAUGAAGGCAAAGCAUAUUCACUUGAAUCCAGUUGCUCCAUUCACAGUGAUAAAAUGUCAGCUCAGGGAAUAUAUGAGGACAAUAGACCGGCAAAUAACAUUUCAUUAUCUUCAGCAAAAUCCAAAACUGGUAGUCAUAUUAAGAUAGAUUUAAAUGAAUUGGAAAGACAUUGUACUCCUAAAAUCCAUGGCAAAAAUUAUGAUAUUUAUGGAAGACCAAUAAGCAACACAACUGACGCAUCUUCCAAAAAGAACAAAAAACAAUCAACAAAUAAGCAGGCAGAAGAUGAUUCAAUUCCUUCUCGUUCAACUAACUCCUUAGGAUCAUUGACUGACGGUAAAGAUGAUAAUGUUUCAUGUUCAGACUUAAAUGGAAAAAAUAGAGUGAAACUAAAAUCUCAGUCAGCUACUUCCACCCAUUAUGAACAAUCAGCAGCAAGCCAAUGUGCAAAACAUAUUGUGACAAAUUUCAAUAACAAAAGUCGAAUAUCCUCUGAAUUGUUAAAUGAUAGCCUUUCUGACAGCUUAAGUGGAAGUGAAAUGGCCAUUUCAGAAGAAGAUGGGAGUUCUUCCACAUGUGUACCUGACAAUUCUGAACCAAAUCUAAAAGCUGCUGAAAAUGGAAAAACAAGCAAUGAGGAUAAAACACUCUCUUCAACAUCGGAGUUACAAAAUGAAGUCAGUAUAGGAAUGGAGCAAGUAAGAAGCCAAACAGCUAGUAGGAUUUGUAGUGGUAUUUCUAAAGCAUCUGGUGUCAAGGCUGAUGAAAGUCAAGAAAUGCAGCAAGUUGAAAGCAAACCAGAAAACAAUGAUAUUUCAAUAUCUCCAACUAUAGCAAAGGUAGAUCUUUUGUCUUGUAAGACAAAUGAAAAAGCAGCAAUUGAAAUAAACACAGUGGCAGAAAAUGUUUCUGUUCAGAGCAUGCCUCAGUCUUUGGAGCGAAGAGGAAAGGGUGGUGGUAAAAGGACUCCACGUUCACACACAGAACCAGGUCAGAAAUCUAAAAGGAGCUUGACUCAUAAUAAAGUAACAGAUAAAACACUUUCUGCAUCUAAGCCACCCACACCAGGAGCUGAAUCGAAUUUAAUUGAAGGAAGCACCAGUGAAAAAUCUCAGAAAGAAAACAGCAUUAAAAGUAAUAAUGACAAGAAGAGUGAAAAAGUCAGUAGCAAAGAAAUAAAUAAGCAUAACAAUAAUGUAAAACAAAAUAAAAAUAAACAAUCUAAUCAUCCUGUUACAGUUGCAUGUGGAAAGAAUGAUCUUAUACCCGGUGUAUUGCCAAAUCCAUCUCUUGAAGAGGCUGUUCAUGAAUGGCUGAAGAAUAUUCCAUCAGAGAACAUGCUCAUCAAAUAUGACAGCACUGAGGAGUUCCAAGGUAAGUGUGAAAAAUCAGCAGCAGAUGUGACAGAAGGAGAAAAAACUGAAGAGUGUACAAAAACAUUUGAAGAGAAACCACAUGAAGUGGAAUCUACUGCAACCAAUCUUGAAUUUAAAGAGCAAAACAAUUUUGAGUUGGAAACAUUGGAAUGCAGCAAUAGUUCAAAAGCAGAAGAUGAAAUUUCAGCCCAGCCUAAUGUCAAAGCGGUAGAUAUACUGCAAUCUAAGCCAAUUAGUUCUUGCUGUUCCACAAUGAAGCAAAGUCUACGAGAUGACAUUUUACCAAGCAACGUGCAUUCCCCUGUUGAGGUUAUAAAGGUUUUUCUUUCUUCUAGGCAGAGAAUAAAAAUGGACAGGUCAAAUAGUGUGCCCGAUUUAAAUAUUGCACAUGAGAGAAACCUAAGCCAUUUAGCCAAGGCCCUGUUGACAUGUCUUGCCAGUCUGCAGUUUUUUGAUAAAGAAUCUUCUGAUUCUGCGAGCAAGUUCAACAAUGUUGAGAAUUCUGCACAGAAAGAGCUUUUAAGUAUUCUAAAGUCACUCUGGUACACUGACAUUGCUAAGGAAGGCGAAGGAGAGCUCUCCCAAAGUGUUGUUAAAAAUUCCAAAACUUCUAAAGGCCAUAAUUCAGCUGAUGAUAACAUAACGCCGGUCUCCUCUUCUGGAGUGGAUGUCAACAGUGGAUCUGCAGGUUCAGGAGAUGGUAGUGUGAGUGGGGGAAAGGAUGUCUCUCCAGCAGCAGAGAGAAACAAAUGUGACUUAACAGCAAAAACCUGUACCAGCAAGACAGAUGAGAUAUCAAAGCAAAACCAACCUUCUUUAAUAACAAACUCAUUUGAAGAGUGCUCUAAAAUAUAUACUGAACAAGAUGAGAAAUAUGAAAAAAACUCAAUAUCGUCCAUAGAGUCUGCAGUGACUAAUGCUUCACAGAGGAAGGCAAAGGUAAGAAGCUGCAGAAAUGCAGAGCACAAGUCAAAAGAUAGUAAUAACUUUGAAAAAUGGUCUGUUUCAAGAAACUCAAAAUUAUCUCAGUCAGAUAUUACCUCAUCCAGUUCAGUUACCCAAGACAUAGCUUGCCAUGUCCGGUGGAACAGUGAGGAGCAAAGUAAUGAUGAGCAUUUUGUCAAAAAUGCAGACAACAUAGAGAAUGGCACGCUGGACGCAACUCAGAACUUACAGGAACAACAUGCUCCAGGAGCAGAAGGAAUGAGGCCAUCUGCUAAGAACAGCAUUGAUAUGGAAGACAUAGUUCAUCAUAACAAGGCAAACGAUCAUAAUGAGGGAGUCAGUACAAGCAAGCUUGAAGAAAUUGACGAAACAACAAAAUCAUUUGAUAAUAUCAAUGGAAUAAAAGUAUCAGAGGAAAUAGCAAGUGCUAAUACAGCACAAGAGGUCAUGGCUAAGGAAAAGGCUGUGCCAAUAGAAAGGAAAUUAGCUGAUCCUGAUCCAGUUUGGUUACUCAAACUGCUGAUGAAACUGGAAAAGCAAUUUAUUACACAUUAUGUGGACGCAAUGAAUGAUUUUAUAAUUAGAUGGAAUUUAGAACCCGAUGGACGAUUAAAUCAGAUGAUUGAGGAAUUAAGAGAUGACGUCAGUCGAAGAAUCCAAGGAAGCAUUGAAAGAGAGUUUAGAAAAGUCCAAGGUAGGGCAGGUAAGAAGAAGCCGUCACCUCCACAGGAAGCACAGAGAUGCGAGUCAUCCGGACAAACAGAACAGAGACGGAGACGGCUAAAAGCCAUGUAUAAAAUGGAAACAUUUUCUCCAUCUUCUAAAGAAUCUGAUCAUGAGUGCAGCGCAAAUGAUUUUUCAUCUCUGGCAUGUGAUGAGAAUCUGAGUUCCCAUCUGAAGGGAGGUGACAAAGUUGACGCUCAAGAUCAGCUUGAAAAAUUAUGUCCUUGUGAUUACAGCACAGGUAAAUACAAGGCUCCAAACCUUGCAGCAAAUCAAAAGCAAACCAAAACUUCGGUCAAAAACUUUGAUUUGAAAGAAAUCCUUAGAAUGAAAAUGAAUAGACCUAAUGAGCAAAAAACAAAACAGAUUAGCACAGAUGGGGCCGAGGAAUUAUUGAACAAGGAAAUUAAGAAAAGUGGUUGUAAUGAGAAUGAAGCGUUGGAAUCUGAUCAUAUUAACAAUGAAGUCGGUCAGAAUUUAGGGGAUAUUAAAGAAGUAGAUAUAUACAAUGAUGAUCAAGAAAAUAAAAGUGAAGUUGGAGAAUUAGCAAAAAUAAAAUCAAUUGAUGGCCAAAAGACCAAUGAAGAUCAAGGUGAUCUGGUUUAUAAAGAUGAAAGUCUGCAUGAAAAUGACAAAGCAAAUUCCCAGUGUGCUGAGUGCAAAGUAGGUGACAAUGAACAUAAUGACGAAGAAGCCAGCACUAUAACUAUGAAAUGCAAAGAGCAGAAUGAAGAAGAUGAUUUAAUAUCCAAUGAUACAGAUCUAGAGACAAGAAAUGAUAGCAAAUUAGAAUCACCAAAUUCUGAUAGUCCGAAAAUGUCCGAAAACAAUGUAAGCGAGACUGUGGAGAAUAAUGUUAGAGAGGAUGAGGUUCAAAAUUUGGAUAACAAUGUUUCAGAGGAGCACAUAAAAUCUGAUGUUAUUAAAAACUUCCACAAAGAGGUAUUGGACAUGAAUGGAGCAUUAGCUACAAAUGGGAAUGUCAUCAAUUGUCCACAGCACUCUGGAGACGGAGCACUAGAAGAUUCCACUGAAGAAAACACGGCUGAUAAUAUUCAGGGGAGUGCUAAAGAAGCUCCAAGCAGCAGUUCAAAUAGUGCAGGAAACAAAUCAUCCCAAAUGUACCCAGGAAGCACAUCAGAUGAAGACAGAAAAAGCAUUGGUACAAGUGCUGAAGUAUCUGAAGAUGAGAAAGAAACAAGACAUAAUUCAGCCACAGAUCCUGAGCAUAAAGUUUAUAUGAGGAACCAAUCAAAGAAACCCAGUUGCAAUGAGUUCAAUGAGGAUGAUCUGGAUUUUUAAGCAUUCUGAAAAGUGGCUGAUAAUAAUUCUAAUCAAUAUAGUUACAUUCAGUUAAACAAGUUUAAACCAAUUAUUAAACCUCCACAUAUAUAAAAUAUUAGUGUACUAUAAGAAUAACUGGAGGAUCCGGCCAUAUUCAGUUUAUUUACAAGAAAACACCCAAUGGAUUAGGUAACAUUUUUAGGAAUAUUAAGGAUAUUUUUCUUGCCUUUGCCCCAUCAUCACCAUGACCCUCUGACUUCCACUGGAAACUGUCCUGGACACCCGAUAAAGGCACAGCAAUUGCACUCAGCAAGCACAGACGUGGAGAAGCAGCCCUAUUGUUCCAAUUAAUGGAAACAAUUGGCACGUCUGUCAAGCCAGUCCUUUUCUUUUCAACACUGGCAUCUCCCACAUCCUCAUACCAGCUUUCAACUACCCAACCAGUAACAUUUCAUAGUUAUAGAGUCUCUGCUCACUUCUAUCGUUGUAUAAAAACACAGUCUUGAGUAUCAGAAAGCUUCAAAUGUUAGCUAUUCUGACAACAUUCAAACAUAUCUGCAACCAAAAACUUGGAGGGGGGGUUUAUUUGCAUUAAAAUGUAUCAAUGACAAUUCGCUUCCACAUCCAAAUUACUUCUUUCCUUUCUUGUUCUGUACCUGGAAUUAAUUAUCUUUAGAUAAAAAAUAUCCCAAUUUGCUAAAUACGUUUGAAAGCAAUAAACCCAAUGAUGUCGCUGAGGUACAACCUAAAUCUUUAGUAUCUUUAGAAAUGAUAUGCUAAUCAUGCUCCCUAAAUAGUUACACUUCCUGUGACUCUAGCUUCUCUCAGAUAAACAGUAAUAUAUAUGUCUGGACAGUCAGUCCUGAUUGGAGGAGCACAAGUCUCAGCUGAGUUCCAAAUAAUAUACUCGUAUCACCACUGCAAGAGGCCAAAGAUCAAUUAAAUUGUGAAUUUGUGAGAAUUUUUUUUGGGAUAUUCAGGAGGUUUCUGGUCUUUCUGAGAAUGAUCCCUACACUAAUCCCAAAUCCUUCACUAUUUGCUCUUCCCUGCAUCUUCAACAUUUGCCGCUUGAGAGAGGCACGUCUAGAUGUAUCCCUCAUGACCGAAUUCUCUUCCCCACCUUAGAAAUCCACUCAAAGUAUUAACAGAGCCAUACAAAUGGCAUUUCAGGACUUACUGAGAUCCAAAGUGUAUUGUUCGUCUUGGGAUAAUUAUAACUUUCAAUCAAAAAUUCCAAGGUUAUAUAAAUAUUUCUUAUAAAACAGAAAAUUAUCAACAUUCAUACCUUUGGACAAUCAUUAUUUUUUAAAGAUCACAUAAUUAUUCUAAUUUUAAUGUUGCACAAUGUAAUUUUGUAUGACUUCAUAGCAUUCUAUUUGACUGGUGACACCUUCCUGUAUAACCAGAAGAGAUCCAAUGGACUAGAUUGUUUUCUCCAAUACUAUUCUAGAAAUAUUCUACAAAAAAUUGUGCAAUAAUAUGUUAAAUUAAAACAGUGGAGUUUUGGCUUUGCUGCAAUAUUUUGUUUGGAUUUUGUAUUCUUUUUUAGCUCUGUGGGAAGGCAAAUACAUGUAUCUAUGUAUCAAUAUCUUUCUUCGCUGCCAAUUGUCUAGUGUUUUGAAUUUUCAUGUAAUAAAAAUGAACUGUAGAUGUUGGUUUAUACCAAUGAUAGACAUAAAAUGCUGAAGUAACUCAGCGAGACAGUGCAAAGUCUCUGGAAAAAAUUGAUAGAUUAUAUUUGUGUCAGGACCCUUCUUCAUAUUGAUUGUAGUAGGGAGACAGGGGAAUAAAAAUAUGUUUGUAGAAGUUACCUAAAAUUGGAGAGUUUAAUGUUCAUAGCGUUAGGCUGUAAAUGUGCUCCUGUACAUUGGCAACACCAAACAUAGCCUACUGGACCUCCUGGUUACCAACCACUUAAAUUCCCCUUCCUGUUCCCAUACCGACCUUUCUGUCCUGAGCUUCCUCCAUUGCCGGAGUGAGGCCACACUGACAUUGGAGGAACAGCACGUCAUAUAUCACUUGGGUAGUUUACAACCCAACAGUAUGAACAUUGAAUUAUCCAAUUUUAGUUAACUUCCCUCCCACUCCACUAAAGGUCCAUUAACCAGCUUCACAGUUUGCAACAAUGUAUCCCUCUUGGGCUCACGCCUGUCUCUAUCCAACAAUCGGCCUUUGAGGAAACCUCCUUGCCUGAGGUAAUUUGUUGUCAGCCCUGAUUUGUCCUGUUUAUUUUCGCUUCCAGUUUUUCUCCCUACUACAAUCAGUCUGAAUAAGGUCGCAUAUCCAUUUUUUCCAAAGAUGCACUGAGUUACUCCAGCAUUUUGUGGCUUUUAAAUUUUGAUGCUUGGCUCAGGCAGAGAAUUAAUUUAUGUGUGUCAGAUCCAACAAUUGUAUAUUUCAUGAAAUCUAUAUUCGGUACUGUUUCUCAUCAAAGAACAUAAAAUUAAUUGACAUCAACACAAAUAUUUUGUAUUUGUAAAGUAAAACAUUUAAUUCCAUGUUUGGAUCUUGGGAGUCUCAUUCUCAGUGGAAGGAAGAAAGAACAUGCAUUCAUACCAAGUCAUUUGAAAGCAUUUAGCAAUCAAUUAAAUGCAAUCACUGUGUUAUGUGGGUAAAUAUAUUAACCCAUUGCUCAUAGCAAGGUUCCACAAGGGGCAAAUAAAUGCUUUGAUUAUCUGCUUUUGAUGUUGUUUUGAAGGAGCAGUGUCAGCUAGUAAUAGGAAAACCUUUUCAGCUCUACAUGCUGUUGCAACUAUUGCAUCUUCUUGAAUGCCGGGGAGGAAGACGGAACCUCUGUGUCUCAGUGCUGCACUGAAGUAUUACAAUGGUAUUGUAAUGGAGGAAUAAGAGGGACCCUGGAGAAAUUCAUCCUUUUUGAAUUUAAGUCCUGGCAGAGGUCUUUGAAACCAUAAUCUCCAGGUUCAAAGGUCAACAUAAUGGCAAAAUGAGACAAGGGGAAUACUUCAACAGCUUCUUAUAGCCAAUGGCUUGGUUGUCUUUGAAAGCUUCUUGCUAUCAUUUAAUCAGCAGAUUUACCUGCUGCAAAUCGGGAUAAAUUUGUGCAUAAAACAAAAAAUGACAAACUUGAUUAUUAGGUUGACCUAUCACAUUUGAUAGAAAGUAAGGAAUAAACAUGACGUGCUAAAAUAAAAUGUUGCAUUUAGUACUGUACACCCGUUGUCAAAUGUGCACAAUACUGUAUUAGUUUGCAUAAAAUGCCAAAUUGGAAUUCUUGAAAUUGCAUUCACAAAUAAAGAACUUAUUUUCAAGAUUUAUUUUGGAUAAGCUUCUCUGUGGAUGUAGGCAGUUUAAAAUGAAGAAUCUAAGAUGAUAAUAAGGAUUGUGAACUAUAAAACUCCAAAUACAGAAAGGUAACAGUGAUAAGAAUUUAAAUAACUUUUUUCUUUGCUAUUAGACAAUAGACAAUAAGUGCAGGAGUAGGCCAUUUGGCCCUUCGAGCCAGCACCGCCAUUCAAUGUGAUCAUGGCUGAUCAUCCCCAAUCAGUACCCCAUUCCUGCCUUCUCCCCAUAUCCCUUGACUCCGCUAUUUUUAAGAGCCCUAUCUAGCUCUCUCUUGAAAGCAUCCAGACAACCUGCCUCCACUGCCCUCUGAGGCAGAGAAUUCCACAGACUCACCACUCUCUGUGAGAAAAAGUGUUUCCUCGUCUCCGUUCUAAAUGGCUUACACCUUAUUCUUAAACUGUGGCCCCUGGUUCUGGACCCCCCCAACAUCGGGAACAUGUUUCCUGCCUCUAGCGUGUCCAAGACC